GCAAAUAUAUCUGAUCAACAUUCACCAUAGUCCCCAGUCAGUAUUUCCUCGUCAAUGCAUCUAAACCACCAACUGACAUGGUAGAGAGCCAAAUGGGACAUAAAAAAACAGAGAAGAACCAUUAACAUACACUUAGUUUUCGGACACAUCUUACUGCAAGAUGAUUUGUGGAGUUCUCACCUUCAGAGCUCCUCUUUCUUCAAGCUGUUCAUUCACUUGUGAUUCAAAAAGACCUGCUAAGCAUUCUGCCAGACUCAAAAUUCAAUGCUCAAAUUCUAGUCCGGACAUUCCUUUAACCGCCGAGAAGAUUGUAAAUGACUCUUAUUUGACUGGCGGUGCAUAUGAUUUUGAUAGAGCAUCAACAUCACUUACUCAGAAGUUAUUAUCAUCUCCAAAGAAGGUUACUAUUGUAAGGCACGGUCUUAGUUCUUGGAACAAAGAGAGUAGAGUUCAGGGAAGCUCAAACUUAUCUGUCUUAUCAGAAACUGGAGUGAGGCAAGCGGAGAGGUGUAGGAAAGCCUUGGGAAAUAUGUACUUUGAUCGGUGCUUUUCAAGUCCAAUAUCUCGUGCCAAGUCCACUGCCGAAGUCAUAUGGCAAGGGAGGGACGAGCCACUGGUUUUUCUGGAUUCAUUGAAGGAGGCCCAUCUAUUUUACCUUGAAGGCAUGAAAAAUGUGGAUGCUAGGGAGAAAUAUCCAAAGGAGUACACAACAUGGAGAGAAGAUCCUGCUAAUUUUACUGUCAAUGGCAUCUACCCUGUGCGAAAGCUAUGGGGGACGGCUAGAGAAGCUUGGAAGGAAAUAUUGUUUUCGUCUGGAGAAAACUUUUUGGUCAUCACACAUAAGUCAAUAUUGAGGGCAUUGAUCUGUACAGCUUUGGGGCUAAGUCCAGAGAGGUUCCGCUCAAUUGAUGUAAAUAAUGGUGGCAUAUCUGUGUUCACUUUCAACAAAAAAGGAGAAGCAAUGCUUCAAUCUUUGAACAUGACAGCCCACAUGUACAAUGAUCAUACCUAUGUUUACUGAAACUUCAAGACUUCACUUUUUGGCGAGGAAGAAAAUUCUGCUGAAAGGAAACACACACCAGAAACAGGGAUACAGUGCUCAUGGAAUGAUAACGGGCAGAGUAAGUGAUGCAACUUAUGAAUCAUACCAACUUCAUCUUUGUUUAGUUACCAUGAGGAGUUAAGGAUUGUAGUUUAGAAGUUGAAAAGGUGUAUCGGAUGCAUAUUCUUAGCCCACGCUAUGGUCGCUUGUCCAUGGUAAAGCAUUUAUCUGAAUUCAUUAUGAGAAAACCUGCAUUACUGUGGAAUAGUAUUCCUGCAAAGCCCUUUCCAGAAUAUUCAUUUUCUCAUUA